AGGCUCAUCCUGAACGACAAACUUCAGAGGCGUCACACGACGCCGACGUUGCUCUCGGGCUCGGGCACCAGGAUGAGUCCGAAGGGGCCGGGCAGUCAGGAGGGCCCAAAGAUGGAGGUGAGGGUGUCGUGCGUGCCGACGCCGGGCGCGGAACCUCAAGGCAUCCGAGUGAAGAUCCCCGAGCCGAAGAAACGACCCACCAGCCCUCUGGUCGACGAUCCGAUGCGCGCCAGGUGUCCCUCCGUCCCCGAGAAGGAUCUCUACAAGAAGGCCGUGUCGUUGGAUCGUCGGGACAGGUACCCGACGUUGUCCGGCGCCGAGAUCAAACGAGGAUUGAUCCCCGGUGGCGUCGACGUGCCCCGUACCACCAGGAGGAACCCGAUGCUCGAUCGGAAAUAUCGAUUUCCAACCAUCUCCGGCGCGGAGCUGAAACGCGGCCUCGCCGUCGGCAAGUGUCCCCUGGAGGACGGGCUGGAUCUCAGCCUGGCACCCUGGCCGGGCAUGAAGUGGGCCUGCGUCAGGGUGUUGCACCUGUACUGCAAGGUGUUCGACCAGUUCGAGCUGUUCGAGCUGAUAGUUAGAAAGAACUGCACCAGUUGCAAGUGCCCGCGAGAGGCGCACGAUGUGUGCCACGAGGAAUGGGCGUCGGUCAGGUCUCGUUUGGGCCUGAAAGGCGAGGAAUCCUCGCAUCCGAUCGUUUUCGACCCGAGGGCAAAGGGCCUUGCCUGGGCACCUCCUGGCCUACCAGCUCACAAGGUGGAAGAAUAUUUCUCGAUGCUGCCAGAAAUAUCCGUGCCCAGGUUAGGCACGCCUGGGGAACGAUACAGGGACCGACAAUUGGCGAUUCAAUUGCCUAAGCAGGACUUAGCCACAGCUUAUUGUCGCCAUUUGAAUCCGAAACACGUCAACAGCGCCGACGACUUUAUGACGGCGAGGAACGAGAUCGCGUUGGACAUCGGGAGCGUGCAGGAAAUACUCGAGACAGAUGUCAAUUGCGGCGCGUGUGACGUACUGUUACCAUACGGCAGCCUCGUCGUGUCAGCGAGCAAAUUGGACCUCUUCUAUCAUCCUGCUUGUUUCCGAUGUACGAAAUGCAAGGAACUUCUGGUUGAUCUCGCUUACUGCGUCCACGACAACACUCUGUUCUGCGAGAGGCACUAUGCCGAACAGCUGAAGCCGAGGUGCGCAGCUUGCGACGAGUACGAUUUUCCUGCGCCUGUGCGAGAUUGUCAAACAAUUUAUUCCAGCGGAGAUCUUUAUUUCUUCUUUGGAAUCACCUUGUUAUUCUCCGCGAACGGUCUGAAUCCGCUUCAAUCGUAA